UAGAAAUACUCGGAUCCAAAUCCAUUUGAAGAUAAAUAUGUUCUUCUUACAAUGGCACGAAAACCAUGCUGCCGAUACUAAAAAAUACUACCUAUUUCUUUAAUCCUUUCGAAAAAAGUUGUGUAUUUUCUUGAGUUACAACAGCAAACAGUUUAUCAAAUGAGGAGAAAUCUGAGCCUUCUGCUUAGGCGAGAAAUGGUAAAUCUUGAUAAAGAUGCUGAUAGUCGAAAAGCAGCCUUGACAGCACUAAAAUCAUAUGUCAAAGAUUUGGAUUCAAACGCGAUUCCAGUCUUUCUUGCUCAAGUUUCCGAGACCAAAGAAACCGGAUUAACAUCCGGCGAAUACACAAUCUCACUUUACGAAGUUCUUGCUCGCGUUCAUGGUACAAAAAUCGUACCCCAAAUCGACAACAUCAUGUCCACCAUCAUCAAAACUCUGACAUCUGGUGCAGCCUCUUUUUCACUUCAACAAGCUUGCUCAAAGGUGGUACCUGCUAUUUCUACAUACGCGAUGGACCCCACCACUCCUGACGACAAAAAAAGACGAAUUAUUCACUCUCUUUGUAAACCCCUUUCGGAUUCUCUUUUAUCUAGCCAAGAUAGUUUGUCAUCCGGUGCAGCGUUAUGUUUAAAGGCUUUGGUUGACUCUGAAAAUUGGCGGUUUGCUUCGAGUGAAAUGGUCAACGAGGUCUGUCAAAGAGUUGUUGGGGCUUUGGAGAAAUCUUUAACGCCGAAUUCACAUAUGGGGUUAGUUAUGUCGUUAGCGGAACAUGACGGUUUAAUCGUUGAAGCAUAUGCACGGUUGUUAGUCCGGUCCGGUAUCGCGAUUGCUAAUACGGCUGCUUUAGAGGGGAAUUCUCAUAAGCGAUUGAUGGCCAUUCAAAUGGUUAAUUUUUUGAUGAAAUGUUUGGAUUAUAAAUGUAUAAUGUCGGAACUUAACUUCAUAAUUGAGGCAAUGAAGAUCUGUGAUGACGAUGAUGAUCAAACGACGUAUGUUAAAGGCGCAGCCUUUGAAGCAACACAAACAGCAAAAAGGAUUUUGAUCGAAAAGGGGUCAAAGUAUGCGAAUAGAACCGGUCAAAGGGGUGUCACCGCAUCAGCUGAAUCACAAACCAUCGGUUCGUUUGGUGGGUAUAGUUCUAUGCUCGAUUCUCCAUCUGCAAUUAGUGGUUUAUCUCAAGAGGUUGACUCUGACCGAAGUGUGAACCGAAAGCUUUAUGAAGAUCAAGGCGAUCAUACAAGAAGUGUCACUCCUAGUCCUCAGAGAUCUUGGUCAUAUAUAAAUCUUGACAACAUAAAGAUCUUCACAACUCCAAGAAAGCUUAUGAAGUCCCUUCAAGAUUCAAUCCAAAGUCAAAAUGUCAAAAGUCAGGCAAGUCAAAGUUUCAUAAGCCCAUUGUUGAGCAAAUUUGAUCUGAACUGCACUUCAAAGCGCGAUCAAAACGGGUUUUUGUGUGAUCUUAGUGACAGUUUCACCCAAGUUGAUGAGCGGUUUUAUGAUGCUUCAGAACACAUUUGCCAAGAAGUUAAUCCUGAAACGAAACCGACACAUUGGUUUACGAUGAGAGUUCUUUUUGGUCUUGUUAUUUUGUUUGCAAUCAUUGUUUGUUUCUUGUUGGUAGGAGAUGCAAAUGAAGAGUAUUAUGUUGUUCCUACUUGAUUUAGGUCUUUUUUUUGUUAAAAGUCAGGUUGAAUACAUUGUAAUAUUGUAUUGUUGGGAGACAUGAAUAUGAACUUUAGUAGGUCAAA